CCGACUCCACAAACCCUUCGCACCGAUCGGGCCAAGCCUGGGGUUAUUUUUAUUUGCCCCCUUCCCCCCGCCCGCCCUGGUACGCCGUAGGGUAAAGCCGAUGCCUGCAUUCCCACGAUGGCCGCGAAGUGUCUUGGCGUGAGGGCCGGGUCCUGGCUGGGAGCACGGCGGCGGCCUGCUGCUGUGCGGCGCCGAGGAGCCACCGUGAGGCAGGCAGGCAGGCGGGAAGGCCAUUUUACCUGCGUGGGUUACUGGUGUUCCUGCAAGAGGCUGCCGGGGAGAAUAAUGGGGCAAGAAAGUUGGAGCGCGGCAGAUUGCAGAGACCGUGCAGGAGGCAGCGGUGUUGUUUUACUGCUGCUCUGGGUCAGAUAGGAGCGCGCCAGCCAUGGGUGUAAUCUCGGCUGUGCUUGGUGCUGCUCAGGUGCAAACCCUUGGACUCCCCAAGACAAAGGAAGGCGAGAGGAGGAGCCUGAUCUUAGAGACGUAGGACUGAGAGAGACUUGGAAUGAAAGAAAGAGAUUACCGAACAAAGGGAAAAGAGUAGGUUUGGCUGCUGUGGUAGGGAAGAGAUGGACUGUUCGGAGAAGAAAGAUUUUAGAAAAUGCUUAGUCCCGGCCUCUUCAAACAUCGGCCAGUGGGACAGCACAAAGGCAGCUACUGACGUGAAGAUAAACCGAUUGUGUAACAAGCGCCUUGUGGCCUUAGUGCCAAGUGACACUUCAUUCAACACCAGACGAGCCUACACCAGCGAGGAUGAAGCCUGGAAGUCGUAUUUGGAGAACCCUCUAACAGCAGCUACCAAGGCUAUGAUGAGCAUAAAUGGUGAUGAGGACAGUGCUGCUGCCCUUGGCCUAUUGUAUGACUAUUAUAAAGUGCCCAGAGAUAAAAGGCUGUUGUCUGUUAACAAAGUGAAUGAUAAUCAAGAAGACCAAGAUAAAAGAAAUUGCCUUAAUACCACGGAAGCUCAGAGCAAUUUGAGUGGGGGAGAGAACCGCGUGCAAGUCCUGAAGACAGUGCCAGUUAACCUCUCCUUGAACCAAGACCCUUUGGAGUCCUCCAAAAGAGAAUACAACACAAAUGUGUCUGGAAGCUCAACACCCAUCACGGGGACUGCAGUGACUGUGGUUAAAGCAGAGGAGUUCACCCCUGUGUUUAUGGCCCCACAAGCACACUAUGGCAGAGGGGAGAGUGAGGAGCACCGAGGGGUUAUUUUUGAGCCAUAUGAGGUGUCCAGCAUUGCUCCUCACACAAACUACCUGAAGGAUGACCAGCGCAGCACUCCAGACAGCACCUACAGUGACACCUUCAAAGAUGGAGGAGCAGAAAAGUACCGAAGCGUGUCGGUGGGGGCUGAGGAAUACAUCUACGAACAAACAAGCACUUUUCAGUACACUCUGGAAGCUACCAAAUCCCUGCGCCAGAAGCAAGGGGAGGGCCCCAUGACCUACUUGAACAAAGGCCAGUUCUACGCCAUCACCCUGAGCGAGACGGGGGACAACAAAUGCUUCCGGCACCCCAUCAGCAAAGUCAGGAGCGUGGUGAUGGUUGUUUUCAGUGAGGACAAGAACAGAGAGGAGCAGCUGAAGUACUGGAAGUACUGGCACUCUCGGCAGCACACAGCCAAGCAGAGAGUCCUGGACAUUGCUGAUUACAAGGAGAGUUUCAAUACCAUCGGGAACAUUGAAGAAAUCGCUUUUAAUGCCGUGUCCUUCACUUGGGAUGUCAAUGAGGAGGCAAAGAUCUUCAUCACGGUGAACUGCCUGAGCACAGACUUCUCCUCACAGAAAGGAGUCAAAGGGCUUCCUCUGAUGAUCCAGAUCGACACCUACAGCUACAACAACCGCAGCAACAAGCCCAUCCACCGAGCCUACUGCCAGAUCAAGGUGUUCUGUGACAAGGGAGCAGAACGGAAAAUCCGAGAUGAGGAGAGGAAGCAGAACAGGAAGAAGGGCAAAGGGCAGGCAUCCCAAGCCUCGUGUAACAGCUCUGAUGGGAAGUUGAGUGCACUCCCUCUGCAGAAAAAGAGCGACAUCACCUUCUUCAAAACCAUGGCUGACCUGGACUCCCAGCCAGUGCUCUUCAUACCAGACGUUCACUUCGGAAACCUGCAAAGGGCCGGGCAGGUUUACUACAACACAGACGAUGAGAGAGAAGGCAGCAGUGUCCUGGUCAAAAGGAUGUUCCGCCCUGUGGAAGAGGAGUUUGGUCCCUCCCCUCUGAAACAAGUGAAAGAAGAAGGACUGAAAAGAGUGCUUUUGUAUGUGAGGAAGGAGACAGAUGAAGUGUUUGAUGCUUUGAUGCUGAAGUCACCCACAGUAAAGGGGCUGAUGGAAGCGAUCUCUGAGAAGUAUGGGCUGCCAGUUGAGAAGAUUGCAAAGCUUUAUAAGAAGAGCAAAAAGGGUAUUUUGGUAAAUAUGGAUGACAACAUUAUUGAGCACUAUUCCAACGAGGACACAUUCAUCCUGCACAUGGAGAGCAUGGCUGAAGGCUUCAAGGUCACACUAACAGAGAUCUAGCCUCAGGCAGAGCCUUUCUGGGAGGAACCACAGCAUUUCACACGUCUUGGAAAGCAGAAGAUCCCCUGGGAAUUUGACAGCCAUUGAUCAGAGCCUGUUACAAGACUGCUUUGAAACUCCUGCCCGA